GUCUCAUGUCGUGCUGCUCAGACGGAGUAGUAAUUCUACCACCGCGUUAUCCAGUGAUUAAACUAUUUAUGUUAGACUUCCUGCUUCGAGUGUUUAGGAUGCGUGCCGUCCCGUCGUUAUUCGUAGAUAACUGUAAUUGCGCAAAUUUGCUUAGUUUACGACAAACAAUCCGGGGUAUAACAGUGAUUCAUUGAAACGCAAACGAGUCCCGCUUCUCGAGGAGAUUUGUGCUUGCAAAUUCGCAUAUAGAAUUAAUCACGUUUGACUCUCGUAUCCCAAAGUAGUUGGAGCAAUGAAUUUAAGUGUAUGACAGUUGAUGAAGAAAGCUGUGACGUCAAAGAUCUUGGCAUUCACGUAAUAAAGUUCACUCGUUAAUCAUUCUACGAAUUGGGAAACAUGUCUGUCAUAUUAGAAUGGCUCGACCAUGGCUAGGAUGUUUGUUCGGCGUUUUAAUACCAUCAGCAAUGUUUUAUUUAUAUUUAUUACUGAACGUCCCUUCUACCGAUAUCAAUUCCUACAAAAUUAAUGGUAAAUUGGACUCGCCUCCUGUGGACGUAGAAAAGAAGAGUCCGCACGUGGAAAAGCUGCGCGCAGAAAGCAAUCGCAAGGUAAAAUGCGAGGCCAUACACAUUGCGAUGGUGUGCGCCGGAUACAAUUCAACGUUCGCUUUGGUAACAGUAGCAAAGUCCAUUUUAUUCUACCGCACGAAACCUUUGCACUUUCACUUGCUCGUUGAUGAAAUUGCAAACAGGACCUUGACAACCGUGUUUCAAACAUGGAAUUUACCACAUGUGAAUGUAACGUAUUACAAAGCAGAAAAAUGGGUGCCAAAGGUGUCCUGGAUACCGAACAAACAUUACUCAGGCGUUUACGGCCUGUUGAAAUUAAUUCUGCCGGAUGCGAUGCGGGAGGAUAGAGUGCUGGUAUUCGACACGGAUGUGACCGUGUUGAACGAUGUUAGUUUAGUUUGGCAGAUGUUCGAGAAGUUCACGAACGAUCAGGCCCUAGGGCUGACGGAAAAUCAGAGUCAUUGGUACAUAAAGGCAUUGUCCUACGGUCAGCGGCCAUGGCCGGCUCUUGGACAAGGCUUUAACACCGGUGUGAUGCUAAUGCACUUGCAACAACUCCGUAAGAGGAAAUUUACGAGCCUGUGGGAAGCUGUCACGAAGCGUGUGCUCGCCCAUAUACCAGAAACUAGUUUAGCCGAUCAGGAUAUAAUAAAUGCCGUUAUCAAAGAGCAUCCCUCGAUGGUGCAUAAAAUAAAGUGCACGUGGAACAUUCAGUUAAGCGACCACACGAUCAGCGAUCUCUGUUAUCGCGAUACUAGUCAGAUAAAUAUCAUUCAUUGGAAUUCCCCCCGCAAGCAACACGUGUCCAAUAAGCACAUUAACGAAUUUCGCAAGUUGCAUAAGGUCUUCCUUGAGAUGGACGGGAACUUAUUACGUAGACGCUUAUUUGGUUGUGAUAAACACGAAACUUCGUCGCAAUACAACGAAUCGAGUCCGUGUCGAGAGUUCACGAGAGGUGCAACCAUGUUGUAUCGCACUUAUCCUUUCCUCCUCGAGUAUGAGUACAACGUGUAUGCUCCAACGGACGUUGCUUUAGUAACUCAGUGUAGCGUAGAAAGGAUACCGUUAUUAGAAGACCUAUCGAAACAUUGGCCUGGUACCAUAAGCGUCGCGUUAUAUCUCACCGACGCUGAGGUGCAGAAUUUCCUGGAGUUUGUGCACGGCUCCGUCGAGUUGAGAAACAGGAAGAACAUUGCAUACCACGUCGUGUACAAAGAUGGGGAACUCUAUCCUAUCAAUUAUUUACGAAAUAUUGCGAUGUCGUAUAUAUCGACUCCGUUCAUCUUUCAAUUGGACGUUGACUUUUUACCGCAGCACGGACUACACGAAACUCUUAUGAAUUACAUCGUUAAAUUGAAUAUCAGCGAAACGGACAAAGUAGCUUUGAUCGUCCCUGCAUUUGAAACGGAACGUUAUAGGUUUAACUUUCCCGCCAACAAGGAUGAACUUUUGAAAUUCUUGAAACGUGGCGUUCUAUACACAUUUCGCUACCACGUCUGGACUCAAGGCCAUGCUGCUACAAAUUACAGUUAUUGGAGGAACACGAUGGAACCGUACCAAGUCUCUUGGGAACCAGAUUUCGAGCCGUACAUCGUUGUCUCAAAAUUGGCGCCUCGAUACGACACCAGAUUCAUCGGUUUCGGAUGGAACAAGGUGUCCUACCUAACACACUUGACUGUACUGGAUUACAAAUGUUUGAAAAAGUUAAAGGACGAGUUUGUUGAAGAAUUGGUGACGAGGUACGGUUUGAGUACGUUGUUAAAAUUAAAGAAAAUGACCAAAGAAGAGAGAAUAUUGAAGUCUGUUGAAUCUAUAAAGUAAUCAAAAAGAUUAUAUUUAUAAUGAUAAGAGAGACUGUGAAGACACUGGUAUUAAAUAUACUAUUUUCUCAAUAAAAAGAUACUUGAAAAACCGCAGUCACGUUUUUAUUUGUUCUCCACUGAUUAUUGUCCAAAAAUUAGGUACAAACAAGAUUGAAAACACGAUGACGGGGUUGGGAAAUAUUUAUUAAAAUUUAACCAUCGUGGAGUGUACAGAGUGGUGCUUUCAGUACAUUCUCUUAAUAUUACAGUCACGCUAAAUAUUUUAUUUAUAAAAUAUGUAUAGUAUUUACAGUGAUAUACAUAGUACAUUGACGAUGGCGUAUAAAUUAUAA